GAAACUUAAAGUGGCUCCUGGACCAGAAACUGUGGGUGAAUGAUCUGCUCAGAAAGUCAGCAGACAGACGGACACUUUCACACAGACGCUGGGCUGCAGGAUGAAGAUGAAGCUGCUCUUUGUUCCCGUGGUGUUCAUGUCAGCGCUGGGCAUCGGAGACUGUAAACCAAAGGAUAGUGCAUGGCCAACACAGUGGACAACACAGUGGACAACACAGUGGACAACACAGUGGACCACAGAGGCUCCAGGACUAAAUCUGCGAGGGAAGAUGUUCACUUUGGCUCGUUAUUCAUCAGGAGUGACCCUCUACCAUCCUUACUUUUCCAUCUCUUCCUUGUCCUUGACACCUGAAACCGAGGCAAAAGAAGAAACCGAGGCAAAAGACAAUGAAAAUCCCCCCGACAGCACCUAUCCAUACCCCACUCCUCCAUACUGGACCACAGCGCCUCCCAGGACAGGUGUGUCCGUGUGCCUGCGUUACAUGAUCGACCAUCUGGACCAAAAGUCGUCCACAGUCUUCACGCUCAGUCCAUCUGGAAGUUUUCUGAGCCUUUCAGACAAUUACGCUUCCUCAUAUGCGGUAAAAUAUUACUAUUCCAAUUAUGUGAACCUGCAACCCAGCGUCAGGCUCUGGUCAUUGGCAUCGCCGAGUGCCUGGACCAGUGUCUGCCUCACCUUAGACAGCAACAGGAGGGUGGUCCAGAUGUUCAAGGGGCCUUUCAUGAGCAUCAGGAAGGUGCUACCUGUUCAGUAUGUCUGGUCAGGUGAGCCUGUGAUGGAGUUUACAGGUACUGACGGUCAGGUGAAAGAUGUCCAGGUGUGGAAUUAUCCUCUCCGCUAUAAAGAAGUCUACUACUACAUGACUGAAGAUUCCUACUGGUCACAGCAGGGUAACAUUCUCAGCUGGUCCCACGUCAGAUACUCUGUCCGAGGACAAUCAUUCCUAGAGGACUCCUACGAGUCGCAGACAAAACAAUCGAUCGGGAGAGGAAGUCGCCUGUCAAGGAAGUUUUUCUCUGCUGGGAAGACCGAGGACACAAAGAGAGAGAUGAUUUAAUACAAAACAUAAGAAAUGCAGAAUCAGAGAAUUAAAAACUGAUUAAGAAUCAGCAAUUAACAGACAAAUAAAUCACAUUUAAAGAUUUGAUUUGAUAAAAGUGUUUGAUUCUGCUGACAAGAAGACUGAGUAGUCUCAGUAACGAACUAAAAUCUAAAAGCUAAUCAGUUUUUACCAAUGAAUUUGUUCCUUUUAUUCUGUGUAUUACUAAAAAACAAUAAAUUUGGAAAACUCA